AGGAAAUAAGAAAACGGGGAAAAAGAAGGAAAAGAGAGAAAUUGACCAAAAUUAACUGAAGAGAGCUCAAAUUCGAGACUCAUCUAUUUAUUUGAGAUCUGUAACUUGGCUUUUGCUGUAAAAAAAGAAAUUAGGCGAGACGAAUAAUCUCAUGUAGAGCUUGUAAAAAAAAGUGGUCAAGAUGAGGCUGUAUUGUUUGUCCAGUGAACCGACAAAACCAUGUUUGGUACUAACUUUCAAAGGAACCACACUGAUGUUGGACUGUGGCUUGAGUAUGCACUCCAUUUUGCAUUUCAUGCCACUACCUAUGGUUCCUAGUAGCAAAUUUAAUUCCUUGCCAACGUGGCUACCACGCAGUGAAAAUCAGCAAGAUUGGCAAAUUGAGGGGGAGCUGAAGGAAUGUUGCGGUAGAGUCUUUGUGGAUUCAGUGCCAGAGUUCACUCCUCCUCUGGAGAAAAUAAUCGAUUUCUCAGAAAUCGAUGCCAUUUUAAUAUCUAAUUACACGUGCAUGCUCGCAUUACCGUUCAUAACAGAAGGCACAGGUUUUAAAGGUAUAAUAUAUGCCACCGAACCAACGUUGCAAAUCGGACGGUUUUUCAUGGAGGAACUGGUGGAGUUCAUCGAACGGACUCCAAAGGCAACGAUGGCCAAAUAUUGGAAAGACAUGUUGCAUAUGUUGCCGUCCCCGUUAGCGGAAAUUAGACCGAAAUCCUGGAAGCAUAUUUACUCCAUGGCGGCCGUGAACUCAGCAUUAUCUAAUAUCCAAACGGUUGGAUACGAUCAAAAGCUAGAUAUAUACGGCGCUUUAACAGUCACACCAAUUAGUUCCGGCUUUUGUUUAGGUAGUAGUAAUUGGUUAAUAUCUAGCGACCAUGAAAAAGUUGCAUUUGUCAGUGGUUCAUCCACGUUAACUACUCAUCCAAAACCUAUGGAUCAAGCUACAUUGAAACAUGCCAAUCUGUUGAUUUUGACGGGCUUGACACAAACUCCAACUGCUAAUCCAGACACAAUGCUUGGGGAGUUAUGUAUGACUGUUGCUGUGACUCUUAGAGCUGGUGGAUGCGUUUUAAUACCUUGCUAUCCCUCUGGCGUCGUGUACGAUUUAUUUGAGUGUCUGAGCACUCAUCUGGACAAAUCGGGCUUCACGCAAGUGCCUCUUUUCUUCAUCUCGCCAGUGGCGGAAUCGUCCUUAGCUUAUUCGAAUAUCCUUGCCGAAUGGCUGUCAACAGGUAAACAAAACAAAGUUUAUCUUCCAGAGGAACCGUUUCCACAUGCUUUUCUCGUGAAGAACGCCCGAUUAAAGCACUAUACCUCUACGUACGCUGAAGGAUUCAGCAACGAUUAUCGACAGCCUUGCGUAGUCUUCUGCGGCCAUCCCAGUCUUCGAUUCGGUGAUGCUGUACAUUUUGUGCAAUUAUGGGGCAACAAUCCCCUGCAUACUGUGAUUUUUACUGAGCCCGAUUUUCCGUACAUAGACGCCUUGGCCCCCUUUCAACCAUUGGCUAUGAAAGCAGUGCAUUGUCCCAUCGAUACCUCUCUGAAUUUUACUCAGGCUAAUAAACUCAUACGAGACUUGAAGCCAGAACAUCUCGUUAUUCCGGAGGUUUACACGCAGCCCCCUGCAAUGGCACAGCACAGAACAGAUCUUGUUAUCGAACCCAUCGGAGAUAAACCCUUGAUUACGUUCAAACGCGGAGAGGUGAUAAAAUUGCCAUUAAAGCGGAAGAAGGGCCGCGUGUUUAUCGAACCGGAAUUAGCUAGCAGUAUUGUACCGAGUGAAGUACGACCUGGCUUGAGUCUCGCGUCUGUUACCGGCGAGCUUGAGGUCAAGGACAACGUAUAUACCAUAAAAAGUGUAGAGGACAGACCGAGCGGAAAAAGGAAAAUGUCGUUGGGUUCACCUGCGCCCAUUGUGGAGGAAGUGCUGAAGGAGCGAAAGCACGAGUAUGGGAAUCUGGACCCACAAGAAUUGCUGCAGAAGCUCAAUCAGGAAGGUUUUCAUGGAGCCAAGUUACAGCAUAGUCCUACCUCUACGAGUAUUCAUUUGCAAGACGAAGAUACUUUGAUUCAGAUCGGAGAUAAUUCUACACACAUCUUCUGCAAUGGCGAUCAAAAGAUUCGCAAACGUCUUAGGAGUAUAAUAAUGCAGUGUCUGAAAAGAUUUUGAGCAAUGUUUCAGUGAUCGCGUGACAAAGGGAGAAGACGAACUGGCAGUUUUGUUGUUGUCGUCACUCGCUGCGAAUUUGUGCGACGUAAUGAAAAUGUAAAUAUAUCGAUGACGAGCUUUGGGCGAAGCCGUGGCGAUUAUUUCCGGAAAAUCGAAGGAAGAGGAAAAUCGUCUUAAAAAAUAUCAACGAAAAGCCGGAAAUUUCCAAUCGAUUGCAACACUCGGUGAAUUCCGGAGAGGGAGAAAACUGCGAUGAAACGAAGGACUCUACGUUUGAAG